AUGGCACCAACAACAACAUCUCCUCUCAUCAUCACUCUCUUCCUCCUCUUCUCCAUCUCACUCAACUCCCACUGCUUCAAAAUCACGACUCAGCUCAUCCACCGCGACUCCUACUUCUCUCCCCUCUACAACGCCACCGCGACCACCUCCGAUCGGCCAGCAAGGAUCAUCGAAGCUACCCUCGCCCGCUACGGUCAACUGAUCUCAUCUUACGACGACGACAGGCCUCUGGCUGUCGACAUCGUGGCCCCAGGGAUAUGGGGGAUCAGGUUCAACAUAUUCUAUGUCAACUUCUCCAUCGGCGACCCGCCGGUGCCGCAGCUGGCCGUGAUGGACACCGGCAGUGACUUGUUGUGGGUGAAAUGCCCGCCGUGCAGUCCUUGUUCCACCAGCUCUGGAGCCACCUAUUUUUACUCCUUCAAUUCCAAGACUUACUCUCCGUUCCCUUGCACCGAUGAUUGCGAAAAAUGCACAGGGGGUUGGCCAUGGUCGCCAAAGCACUGCAAGUACAAAAUAGACUACGCGGGCGGCCACAGUUCCGAGGGAGUCUACGCCACCGAGCAACUGACCUUUCAGACCUCCAACAAUGGCUUCGUGACCACCAUCCCAAAAGCCUUAUUCGGCUGUUCUAGCAAGCAGAGCGGGCCGGAAGGUCUUGACCCGCACGUCAACGGAGUUCUAGGAUUGAUGGCCGGAGCCGGCGCUGACGAUUUCCCCGAUGGACAAUUCCCUUUGGUUACCCGAUUGGGCACCAGCUUCUCGUACUGCGUCGGCAGCCUGUCCGAUCGUUACUACCCUCACAACCACUUAUCCUUCGGCGACGCCGUCGACCUGAUCGGCGGAUCGACUCCCCUGUACCUAGAAGACGGCAGGUACUUUGUUCACCUCUCCGGCAUCAGCUUGGGUGGCAAGAUGUUGGACAUCAAGAAGGAAGUGUUCGCGAAGAUGGCGUUGAGGAAGAAGAUUGAGAUGGACAGUGGGUCGGAGCUGUUUCUCCUGUACACCGAAGCAUUCGAGGUUUUGAAGGCAGAGAUCGAGAGGCUGGCUUUCUGGGAGCUGAUGACACCGUUCUUAUCUCCGCCGAGCCCUUUGGAGCUCUGUUACAAAGGGACGGUGGAGAAAGAGGCUCGAGGGUUUCCGACGAUGGGGAUUCGGUUCGUCGGUGGGGUGGAGUUGGUUGUGGAUCGGUUUGGGGUGUUCUUGCAGGUUAAGGAUGAUGUUUUCUGCUUGGCUAUUGUUAGGUCAAAGGGUGUGAGUGUUAUUGGGAUGAUGGUUCAACAGGGUUACAAUGUUGGGUAUGAUCUGAAAGCAAUGACUAAAGAUAUCCAACAGAACAAUCUUACAAAUCAAAACCAAAAUAAAUCCCCUUCCACUCAUAAUUUCCCUCUUCCUCUUCUUCUCCAUCUCUCCCCCUCCCACUGCUUCAAAAUCACGACUCAACUCAUCCACCGCGACUCCUACUUCUCUCCCCUCUACAACGCCACCGCCGAUCGUGCUAGAAGGAUCAUCGAAGCUACCCUCGCCCGCUAUGGUCACCUGAUCUCAUCGAACGACGACACGCCGAUGGGUGUCGACAUCGAGGCCAGUGGGACCUGGGGGAUCAAGUACAACAUAUUCUAUGUCAACUUCUCCAUCGGCGACCCGCCGGUGCCGCAGCUGGCCCUGAUGGACACCGGCAGCGACUUAUUGUGGGUGAAAUGCCCGCCGUGA